AUGCCUAACAAGUUUUCGCUGCCGGACGACGACGACGACGACGGCGGCUUCUCGUCGCCGGCCACUCCUGGUGGCGGCUUUGGCGGCGGUGCCGGCGGCGGUCGCGGUAGCCUGUUUCGCUUUGAUGGCGGCGCCACAUCUUCGACAACCCCCGGCGGCCUGCCACCGCCCUCGUCGGCAGGCAGCUUCACACCAGCUGGCGCACCCUCGGCGUCGUAUCUGGGCAGCUCCAUGAUGCGGGGCGUGGCGGGCACAGCCAAGUCCACGGGCUCACCAUUGCCAUCGACCUCGCGGAACAUCUUUGCUGCGGGCGGCGGCAGUUUCGGCGGCUUCAAGGCAGGCAGUGGUGGCGGCAGCUCCAACUCACCCCUUGGCCGCUCGAUUCAAGGUAGCAAGCCCACCUUUGGACCGGGAUCGACACGGCAGCCCUCGCGACUAAGCCAAGUGAUGGCCGACGACGACGAGGAAGAUGACGAGGAGGAAGAGGAAGAGGAGGAGGAAGACGAAGACGAGGAGAAUGAGGAAGAGGAGGAUGAGGAUGACGAUGAUGCCGAAGGCGAAGACGAGGAGGACAACGAGGCCUACUACCGGCCACGAGUAGCAACAAAGGUUCCUGCCAACCGGAGCCGUGCUCCCGCUUACCAAAACGACGAAGACGGCGAAGACGACGACGACGACGAGGGCUCAUACGACGACGAGGAGGAUGCAGAGGGUGAAUACGACGAGGAGGAGGAGGACGAGAACGGAGCGGGCAGCGACCCAUGGCUCGACCUGGCGCAGAGUGCCGUCCGAGAGCGUGCCUCCUUGCAGGGCCGCGCGCCAUGGAUGCCUGCCGGCGGCGAGGCGGACGGCGGCGAGGGCGAAGUCGCGAUGGGCGGCACGGACGGCGUUAACAACAGCGACCUGCUCACCUUUGCCACGCCUGCCAUCAACGACCGCAUUCGCAAAGAGGCCGAAGACAUUUUCCGUGCAUCAGCCGCCCGCAGCGGCGGCGGCAGCGGUCGUCUUUUGGGCGGUGCUGCAUCGACGCGCGGACCCCGCGAACUCAAAUACGCAUCCAUUGCCAAGAGCAUGUACGGCCAAAUGGGCUGUGCCAGCCUGGCCGAGGCGCCACAGCUGAUCCGCCAGACAGAGGUGCAGAUUAGCAAGCUCUACAGCCAGGGCGUGGGUGUGGAGGACAACGCGGACCGGCUUGACCAGGCUCUGGCCGACGCGUCUGCACAGCUCGUCGCCCUUUGGCAGGCGUACGCCGACAGCCUUCCGGAGACGGCGCACUCCGAGCACGACGACGAACAGUUCGCAAGCAUCGGCCCCGGGCCCGACGCGAGCGCGUUCGAGAAUGCCGCGUAUGUUGCGACGGUUGCACUGCAGCUUCACCACACGCGCAGCACGGACAACGACACGGGCGUGCUGUCGCCCGAGCCGCUGACCGAAACCCUCUUCCGCUGGAUGGCCGACUACCACAACGUCUAUCCCGACCAGGUGCAUGAUGUGCUGCAGUUCCAGCCCAGCCCGGCCUCGCACGGCAUGUUCUGGCAGACCGUCUUUGUGAGCCUGCUGCAGGGCCGCGUCGAGGACGCCGUCGAGCUGCUGCGGGCCGGCGGCUGGGACAAGGUGCGGCGUGCGGGUGUGCAGGCGUACAGCGGCCGCGCCCUCUCCAACGUGGAGCGUGCUGUGCAGGAGACGAUUGCGAUGCUGGACACGUGCCCGGGCAAGUUUGGCAGCUGGGACAUUUGGAACAGCGAGUGGACCCUGUUUCGGAUCCGUGCCAAGGGGGCCCUCGACCACCUACGACGGUUUGCUGAGGGAGGCCGAGGUGCCGGUGCCGGCACCGGCACCGGCAAUGACGACGACGACGACGCCGAAGGCGAGGAUGAGUUUGGCGAGCCAUACCGGGGCGGUCGCCAGUCGAUGGCCGGCAUGGCGCGCAAGGCCGAGAGCCAGGUGCCGUGGGACAUUUACGAGAACCUCAACAUUGUGUUUGACAUUGCCCUGGGCUCGCGCGAGCGCAUCCUGGGCGUCUCGCAGGACUGGUGCGAGGCGACGCUGGGCCUGUUUGGGUGGUGGGACGAGACCAAGGUAGCGCCGACGCCAAACGCCCCCAAUUUCGGCACGAGCCGCCACGGCCAGUCGAUGUCGAUGACGAUGACGCUGCGCGGCCACGCGGCCGGCGGCUUGGACGGCGCAGCGUCGACCUUUGCGGACUACCUGGACCGGCUGACGCGGUCGUUCCGGGCGACGACGGAGGCUGGUCUGGAAAUCAACACCAACAGCCCGCUCGAGGUGGCCCUGGCGUGUAUCUUUGAGGACAACCCGCGCGGCCUGCUCGGCCUUCUGCGGGCCUGGUCGCUACCCGUGGCCUCGGCGGUCGUGGAGAUUGCCGCGCUCGGCGGCUGGCUGCCGACACAGUCGUCUACGUCGGCUCUGGCGACGGCACUGGGCGGCCUGGACAUGGAGGACCUCGAGGUGCUCGGCGUGGACCCGACGGACCCCGACGAGUCAGACGGCUUCAAAGACAACACACUGGUCCAGUAUGCGCAGGCCCUCAUCAACAACAAGGAGCUGCAGCCGACGGGCGACGAGGAGGCGGACAACGAGCGUGAGGAGGCUGCCGGAAGCAGCGAUGCUUCGCCUGCCAAUAUGGACGGCUGGGAACUGGCCAUUCACGUCCUCGGCCGCAUGAACUCGCAGGAGCGGGCGGAGGAGACGAUCGGCGAGCUGGUGCGGACGAUCCUGCUUCGCUUGGACGUGGACUCGGGCGCGACAGUGGACAAGAUCUGGCGCUUGCUGAGCGACCUGGGCAUGUCCUCGUUCGCAGAAGAAGCGGCGGAGCACUACGGCUACCUCCUAGCCAAUAAAUCGUACCGGUUCGGCGAGGCGGUGUGGUACUUUGCCAUUGCCCACCGGCCCGGCAAGGUGCGCGAGGUGAUGAACCUGCUCAUCUCGUACUCUCUGGUGCAGUCGGCAGCUUACCCCCUCGAAGCGGACCUCGACGACUACCUGCGGCGCCUGCUGUUUGAGCGCAAGACGUCUCUGGAGCAGCUGGCGCGGCGCGACCUUGUGGCGGCGGAGCUCCUUGGCCGGCUGCUGAGUGGCUACGCGACGCUUCGUCACUUUUACAACGUGCGCGACGACCCGUCGACGGAUAUUCCGCCUGUGCGGCGGCGCACGGCUGCGGCUGCGGCUCUGACGGCCGUGAUUGCGAGCGCCGACGACAACAUCCGCGGCGGGCUGUACGACGCCGCACGCGACGCCGUGGUCUCUGAGGAUUUCCUGUUGGCGCUGCUGGGCGAGGCGCUCCCCAUCUGGCCGCCCGACGCCACGUCGGCCGGCCACGUCACGGCGCCGCCCGUGGUGGCCGCCGAGACGGUCGACGUGCUGCUCAAGGCCGUCGAGGACCUGCAGACGCUGGCGGGCUCGCGCGUGUACGCGACCUGCGACGAGUUCUUCCAGGUGGUGCUGGCCAGCGUGCCGGGCGGGCUCAAGGGCUCAUCGCCGGCCGAUCUGCUGCGCAAGACGACGAGCGACCUGUCGGCGGCGUCGGGCGCCUCGUCGUUCCUCAUGACGGGCAGCUCCAUGCUCGCGAGCCAGCUGCACCGCAGCAUGUCGGGUGCGCGGACGAGCGCGCCUGGUUCCGUGGCGUGGCCCGCGUCGUCGGCGUCGACUGGCAUGCAGCGUGGCUGGGACUGGCGCAGCGGGCUGCCGGCCAACACGACCGCGGCAGACGUUCUACAACGGGUGCGGGUGGGCCUGAGCCGCGCACUGGCCCGGCUGUGGGUGGCCGAGGCGGACGAGAUGGAUCGCCGGUUGCGGGAGGUGUGCAGCGAGGCCCAGCGCAUGCGCAGGAAGCGGCGUGUGGCCGACAUGGAGGACAGCGAGACCGGCGUGGCCGAGGCAAUUGUGAGGGCCAAGAGCGAAGAAGAAACGGAGGACAAGGAGGACAAGGAGGACAAGGAGGAGGCGCACUUCAGAUUGGGGCACGUCCAGGACAACAAGACGGAGAGGGCGCCCGUGGCGGCGAGAGACAUUGAGGGUUUAUGUUGA